AUGGAUCCCCGCAGCCACCACGGCGGAAAUGGACCAUCUAAUACCGCUGCCCAGCCGCCGCCUCUCCGGCGGCGACUAUCGAUGGAGGAGGAUUAUUUCUACCAGGAAGUCAUGACUUCCCCUUUCCGACGACCUUCACAGCCGCCUCCCUACGAGCGGGACGCCAGACCAAGACGACCGUUGGCCGGCAGGACCAACGUCCAGCAUGGAACGGAGGAAAGCUUGCCGGACUAUUCUUGCGACAUUGAGUUGGAGGGCGUAUGGGUGAAGAAGAUGGAGAUUGAGAACACCACCAAAAGAGCAGAGGACAGAAACUGGCACACCACCUUCGUCCAACUACGGGGCACCGCCCUGAAUUUCUACAACGUGAAGAAGGAUUGGGGAUGGGGUAGGACGAGGGACGGGCCCACAAUCUCGCCAGACAGCCCGCCCUGGGUACGGAAAGCCUCCCUCGACAAGGCGUACAGUCUCCAGCACGCAGACGUCGGUAUUGCUGCCGACUACAAGAAGUAG